CCAGGGAGCAGGAUGGGGGAUUUCGCAGCCCCCACUGCUGCCGCGAAUGGCAGUAGUAUUUGCAUCAACAGUAGCCUGAACAGCAGCCUCGGCGGGGCCGGGAUCGGUGUGAAUAAUACUCCCAAUAGUACUCCCGCUGCUCCGAGUAGCAAUCACCCCGCUGCCGGCGGCUGCGGCGGCGGCGGCUCCGGGGCCCCCGGCGGCGGCUCGGCGGCGGUUCCCAAGCACAGCACCGUGGUCGAACGACUCCGCCAGCGCAUCGAGGGUUGCCGGCGGCACCACGUCAACUGCGAGAACAGGUAUCAGCAGGCUCAGGUGGAGCAGCUGGAGCUAGAGCGCCGGGACACCGUGAGCCUCUACCAGCGGACCCUGGAACAGAGGGCCAAGAAAUCGGGCGCCGGCACCGGCAAGCAGCAGCACCCGAGCAAACCCCAGCAAGAUGCAGAGGCUGCCUCGGCCGAGCAGAGGAACCACACGCUGAUCAUGCUACAAGAGACUGUGAAAAGGAAGUUGGAAGGGGCCCGCUCGCCGCUCAACGGAGACCAGCAGAAUGGUGCCUGUGAUGGGAGUUUUUCUCCGACUAGUAAGCGGAUUCGAAAGGAUGUUCCUGCUGGGAUGGACACUCUCAACAGUUUGCCCAACAACAUGCCACUGCCUUCAGCUUCUCCUCUUCACCAGCUUGACCUGAAGCCUUCUCUGCCCUUGCAGAAUAGUGGGGCUCACACUCCUGGGCUUCUAGAAGACCUGGGUAAGAAUGGGAGACUCCCAGAGAUUAAACUUCCUGUCAAUGGCUGCAGUGACUUGGAAGACAGCUUCACCAUCUUGCAGAGCAAGGACCUUAAACAAGAACCUCUGGAUGACCCUACUUGCAUAGACACAUCAGAAACAUCUCUCUCGAAUCAGAACAAGCUGUUCUCAGACAUUAACCUGAAUGAUCAGGAGUGGCAAGAAUUAAUAGAUGAAUUGGCUAACACAGUUCCAGAAGAUGACAUACAGGACCUGUUCAAUGAAGAUUUUGAGGAGAAGAAGGAGCCCGAAUUCUCCCGGCCAGCGACUGAGACCCCUCUCUCCCAGGAGAGUGCGAGUGUGAAGAGUGACCCCUCUCACUCUCCCUUUGCACACGUCUCCUUGGGAUCCCCUCAGGCGAGGCCUUCUUCUUCUGGUCCUCCCUUUUCCACAGUCUCCACGGCCGCUAGUUUACCAUCUGUUGCCAGCACUCCUGCAGCUCCAAACCCCACCAGCUCACCAGCAAACUGUGCUGUCCAGUCCCCUCAAACUCCAAACCAAGCCCACACACCAGGCCAGGCUCCCCCGCGGCCGGGAAAUGGCUAUCUUCUUAAUCCCACAGCAGUGACCGUGGCAGGGUCCGGGUCAGGCCCCAUGGCCGUGCCCAGUGCUGACAUGUCUCCAGCUGAGCAGCUCAAACAGAUGGCUGCACAGCAACAGCAGAGGGCCAAGCUCAUGCAGCAGCAGCAACAGCAGCAGAAGCAGCAACAACAGCAACAACAGCAGCAGCAGCAUCAACAACAGCAACAGCAGCAACAGCAACAGCAGCCGCAACACCCAAAUCAGACUGCAAGCUGGUCGCCCUUAGGGCCUCCGUCCAGUCCAUAUGGAGCCACCUUUCCUGCAGAAAAACCAAAUAGCCCAAUGAUGUACCCCCAAGCCUUUAACAACCAAAACCCUAUAGUGCCUUCAAUGGCAAACAACCUGCAGAAGACAACAAUGAAUAACUACCUCCCUCAGAAUCACAUGAAUAUGAUCAAUCAGCAGCCAAAUAACUUGGGUACAAACUCUUUAAACAAGCAGCACAAUAUUCUUACAUAUGGCAACACUAAGCCUCUGACCCAUUUUAACGCGGACUUGAGUCAGAGAAUGACACCACCAAUGGCCAACCCCAACAAAAACCCCCUGAUGCCCUAUCUCCAGCAGCAGCAACAGCAACAACAACAACAGCAACAGCAGCAGCAGCAGCCGCCUCCGCCGCACCUCCAGGCUCCCAGGGCGCACCUGAGUGAGGAGCAGAAACGCAUGCUUCUCAUGAAGCAGAAGGGAGUGAUGAACCAGCCCAUGGCUUACGCUGCGCUUCCGCCCCAUGGUCAGGAACAACAUUCCGUGGGCCUUCCCAGGACCACAGGCGCCUUGCAGUCGUCGGUGCCACCAGGCUCGGGUGGCAUGGUCUCCGGAGCCAGUCCCGUGGGCCCCGGCUUCCUGGGCAGCCAGCCCCAGGCCGCCAUCAUGAAGCAGAUGCUCAUGGAUCAGCGGGCCCAGCUGAUGGAGCAGCAGAAGCAGCAGUUCCUGCGGGAGCAAAGGCAGCAGCAGCAGCAGCAGCAGCAGCAGAUUCUGGCCGAGCAGCAGUUGCAGCAGUCACACUUACCUCGGCAGCACCUCCAGCAGCAGCGGAACCCAUACCCAGUGCAGCAGGUCAAUCAGUUUCAAGGCUCUCCCCAGGAUCUAGCAGCCGUGAGGAGCCAGGCAGCGCUCCAGAGCAUGCGGACGUCACGGCUGAUGGCCCAGAAUGCAGGCAUGAUGGGAAUGGGACCCUCUCCGAACCCAGGGACAAUGGCCACAGCAGCAGCCCAGUCAGAAAUGGGCCUGGCCCCAUACAGCACCGCACCUACCAGCCAGCCCGGGAUGUACAGUAUGAGCACAGGCAUGACCCAAAUGUUGCAGCACCCAAACCAAAGCGGCAUGAGCAUCACACAUAGCCAAGGCCAGGGGCCGCGGCAGCCUGCCUCCGGGCAGGGCGUCGGAAUGGUGGGUGGUUUUGGUCAGAGCAUGCUGGUGAACUCGGGCAUUACCCAGCAGCACCAGCAGAUGAAAGGGCCUGUGGGCCAGGCCUUGACAAGGCCGCAGGCCCCUCCACGGCUUCAGAGCAUUAUGGGAACAGUCCAGCAGGGAGCACAGAGCUGGCAACAGAGGAGCUUGCCACCGAUGCCUGGGAGGACUAGUGGAGAACUCGGACCCUUCAACAAUGGCGCCAACUACCCACUUCAAGCUGGACAGCCAAGACUAGCCAAGCAACAUUUCCCACAGGGACUGGGCCAGUCGGUUGUGGACACCAGCACUGGCACAGUGAGAACCCUCAAUCCAGCCGUCAUGGGACGGCAGAUGAUGCCGUCACUCCCGGGACAGCAGGGCACCAGCCAGGCCAGGCCCAUGGUCAUGUCUGGCCUGAGCCAAGGGGUCCCUGGCAUGCCAGGCUUCAGCCAGCCCCCAUCUCAGCAGCAGAUGAGCAGCAGCAGCUUUGCUCCAAGUACGCAGAGCCAAGCCUAUGAUCGGAACCCCCCUCAAGACAUGCCCUACAGUUACAGUGGUGACGGAGCUGGGCCUGCCUUCCCUGGCCUCCCCGACAGUGCGGACCUUGUAGACUCCAUAAUCAAAAGCGGUCCUGGGGAUGAAUGGAUGCAGGAGCUUGACGAGUUGUUUGGAAACCCCUAG